UGCAACUGUUGGCAUCAAGUUUCAUAUUUGAAUUAGUUUUUCUUUAUAGUUUUGAUUUCUAUUUUUAUUAUGACAAAGAUUUAUAAAUAAAUAAUUUCACGAAUUUUUUAUCUUAAUUUCUUUAGUUUCCAUGUAUCUCUUCAUUUGUUUUCAAAGAUAUGGAAAUUAUUUAAACUUUUUUGUUUCUUCCGUUAAGUGAUAGUAUAAGAAUAUUUCUAAUAUCUUAUUUGAGUAUGAGUUAUUGGUCUCAUAAGUGGAAAAUGAAUGAAAAAAUUCAAGAAGAUGAAUUUCUUUUUGAACAAGAAGAUUUAGCUGCUAAUUCGUUUCCAAAUUUUGAAGAUAUUAGAAAAAGGGAAAAGCUUUGUGAUGUUGUGUUACAAGUUGACAAUAAUCGUUUCUUUGCUCAUCGAGUUAUAUUAGCUGGCACAAUUCCUUAUUUUCAUGCAAUGUUUACUCAUGAUAUGGUGGAAUCAACCCAAAAGGAAAUAACUAUCAAAGAAAUUGACCCUGAGGCAUUGGAUUUAUUAAUUGAUUUUGCUUAUAGCGGAAAAAUAUAUAUAAAUUCAAGAAAUGUACAAUCGGUUCUUGUUGGUGCAUCAUUUCUUCAGCUUCAUAAAGUUCGGGAUGCUUGUUGUGAAUUUAUGAAAAAAAGGUUGCAUCCCAAUAAUGUUUUAGGUAUUAGAACAUUUGCUGAUGCCCUUGGUUGUUCAAUGCUCGUCGAUGCAACAAAUCGAUUCAUUCAAAUGCACUUUAUUGAAGUUGCACGUUCUGAGGAGUUUUUGAAUUUGCAAUUUUCUGAUAUUAGAGAUAUUGUUGGCCGAGAUGAAUUACACACCACCACUGAAGAACAAGUGUUUGAAUCUGUUAUGGCUUGGGUAAAAAAUGAUUUGGCUCGGAUGAAGCAUUUGCCAGAAUUGCUCACUCAGGUGCGAAUGCCUUUAUUAACACCUCAAUACCUAACUGAUCAUGUUGCUACUGAAGAGUUAAUCAGAACUUCACAUCAAUGUAGAGAUUUGCUGGAUGAGGCAAAAGAUUAUCAUCUAAUGCCUGAAAGACGGCCAUUGUUACAGAGUUUCAGAACACGUCCUAGAUGUUGUCCUGAUAUUAUUGGGUGUAUAUAUGCUGUUGGUGGACUCACAAAAUCAGGUGAUUCUUUAAGCACAGUGGAGGUGUAUGACCCUAAAAUUGGACGUUGGCAAAUGGCUGAAGCCAUGACAAUGUUAAGGAGUAGGGUUGGUGUUGCAGUCAUGCACAAUAAGUUGUAUGCUAUAGGUGGGUACAAUGGAACAGAACGACUAAGUACAGUUGAAGUCUUUGAUCCAGGUCAUCGUACUUGGUCUACUGCCGCAUCUAUGAAUUGUAAAAGAAGUGCUGUUGGGGCUGCUACUCUUUUUAACAAACUUUAUGUGUGUGGAGGGUAUGAUGGCAUUUCAUCAUUAAAUACUGUUGAAUGUUAUGAUCCUGAAACCAAUGGGUGGUCUAUGGUUACUAGUAUGUCAAAACAUAGAAGUGCUGCUGGUGUUGUAGCCUUUGAUGACCAUAUAUAUGCAUUGGGUGGUCAUGAUGGUCUUUCUAUCUUUGAUUCAAUGGAAAGAUAUAAUCCACAAACAGGUCAGUGGACAAACAUGCCACCUAUGCUGUCAAAACGAUGUAGACUCGGCGUAGCUACUCUCAAUGGAAACAUAUAUGUUUGUGGCGGUUACGAUGGAGCUACAUUCCUUUUAACUGCUGAAGUUUAUAAUCCCUCUACAAAACAAUGGAAAUACAUAGCUCCGAUGAAUGUCAUGCGUAGUCGAGUGGCAUUGGCAGCUAACUUUGGUAAACUUUAUGCCAUUGGAGGAUACGAUGGGACAACUAAUCUCAAUUCAGUUGAAGUUUAUAAUCCAGAAACCAAUCGCUGGGAGUUUGUUGCAUCCAUGUGCGCACAUGAAGGAGGAGUUGGUGUCGGUGUCAUACCUUCGUUAUAAACGAGGUUUUGUUCUGUAUUUAUUUUAAAAGUUAUUAUUGAUGGUUUUUAUGAUGUAAAAUGGUGUAUAUUAUUUAUUUAAUAUUAUUUAUUUUAUUGAAUCUUAGGGGAGAAAAAAUUUAUU